CAUGUGUCGUAACGCUUGUGAUGCCCGUCGAUCGGACUGGGUCGCUCGAAAGCACCUUCCGGUUUGGUGCCUGAGUGCUACGUGAUUAGGUGGCCAAAGUGUGUGCUUUAUCCUGCGGUCAGUGAGAAGUAUUUUUGUGCUGUGUUAAAAUCGCUUUUCGUGCGUGUUAUCCUCCCCGAAACUAUCGCAAGGCCUCGUGUGUGUGUGUGUGUGUGUCCGGUGGAAGAAGUGGGGUACAUUACCCCAUUGGAAUCGGUGCAAACAACCCCGCUCUCGAUUCCAAUUAUCAACCCGUCGUCGUCUGCUCAACCGUUUACGGCCCGCACAGCAUCUGCUGAUAGUGCAGAUGCUGAUUCCGCAGUAGGCGACGCCGACGCGCGAGAAAUCAAACACGAAUAAAAGAGGAACGGAAAAAAAGCGCGAGAGAAAAAAAAAAAGCACCCCAAGCACUCCACAUCCAAGCAACCAUCGGCGCAUCCCACCCCACACAUCAAGCAGACGGACCCGUACAAACGAAACCGAGAAAAGAAGUAACCAACGCCAAUCAGCUCCCGAUCGAGCGCCCCCGCGGGCCAUGUAGUCGGCGCCAACGUUGACAAAAGGACCCCGAGCUGCCAACCGACAUCCUUGGGUAUCGUCCUUUUCCGAGCACCGAACCGGACGACAAGGAAGGCAAGCAAAGAAAAGGUGACGUUCGAAGCAGGCGGCUGCUGGUGGCGAAGCUGGCCACAUUUCCGGAAUGAGCGAACCUCGACGAAGCCAGCUUCCUGUCGUAGGUGUUGCGGGCGAUUCUCGGGGGCACGCUGGGGCCAGUAAAAAUGGAACCGGUGCAAUGCUGAUCGAAGGUGACCCGCCGGCCGCUAGAAGGAUGGGUGCAACCGGUGACCGGGUGACCGGUGGGGGUUCGAUUGGAAGCUACGAUUCGGACGGAGAAGACCCGUCGAUGGGCGCCACAUCCGGUGAUGGUACGGAGCUGAACGCGAAGGACCUGCUCGAUACAAGCUCUUCCAGAAAUGGCCGCGAGGCGCGCAACCGCGCGGAAAAGAACCGACGCGACAAGCUUAAUGGAUCGAUACAGGAACUCUCGGCUAUGGUGCCGCACGUGGCCGAAUCACCUCGCCGAGUGGACAAAACGGCCGUCCUGCGGUUUUCGGCCCACGGGCUGCGUGUCGACUACGUGUUCGGCAAAUCGAAACCAGAGGAAACGGUCAAACCCGAAGCUCAGGACUCGCUGUUUCGCAUGCUGAACGGGUUUCUGCUGACGGUGACGUGCCGAGGUCAGAUCGUGCUGGUAUCGCCGUCCGUGGAACACUUUCUGGGACACUGUCAGACUGAUCUUUACGGGCAGAAUCUGUUCAACUUAACGCACCCGGACGAUCACGCGAUGCUCAAGCAGCAGCUGAUACCGUCGAAUCUGGGCAACGUGUUCGAUGCCGGAACAGCCGCAUUACUCAGCACAUCUGAGGGCGCAAGCUCCAACGAUGCGGACACCGAGUACCAGCGAUCUCAUGACGAGGAGGAAGAAAUCGACCGGAAGUUACGGCAGGACCAUCGGAGAUUCACCAUCAGGAUGGCACGAGCUGGACCACGAUCCGAGACAACGGCGUACGAGCUUGUCACGAUCGAUGGGUGCUUUCGGCGGGCAGAUUGCGCACCCCGGGGUUCCCCGAAGGCGGGCUCGUCUUCCGGCAUGCAAAUGGUCCGGCGAGCCCGUGGCCGGGACGAUGCCAUGCCGUUGCACAGCAUCAACGGGAAUGAUAUCGUACUAAUUAGCUUAGCGCGUGUGAUGAAGGUGCCAUCUAUCUGUGAUCGUUUGAUUGAGGCUUGCAAAUAUGAGUACAAAACGCGCCACCUGAUCGACGGGCGAAUAGUGCAGUGCGAUCAGCGGAUAUCGAUAGUGGCCGGUUACCUGACCGACGAGGUAUCUGGUCUGUCCCCGUUCACAUUCAUGCACCGGGACGACGUCCGGUGGGUGAUCGUAGCGUUACGACAGAUGUACGACUACAACCAAAACGGCGAAUCCUGCUACCGGUUGAUGUCGCGCACCGGGGACUUUAUCUAUCUGAAAACGCGCGGCUACCUGGAGGUGGACAGCGAUACCAAAGUGGUGCAGUCGUUCGUCUGCAUCAACACACUCGUAUCGGAGGAGGAAGGCCAGCGGUUGGUGCGCGAGAUGAAGCGCAAAUUUUCCGUCAUCGUUGACAAGGUGGAGCUACCGGAUGAAAGCGGUGAACCGGUGGUCGAAAAUCCGAAGCAGAUCGAGGAAGCUGUGAUGAAUCUGAUCACCAAUCUGCAGCCGGACAGCGAGGACAAGCUGUUGAUGGCGAUGCCGGGUUCACCGGCGAGUAGCGUCAAGUCGGGUUACGGUGAAGGUGCACCAUUGGCGAUCGUAGCACCGGAGAAGAACUCCAUCAAAUCGGCCAUCGUGAAAAGCAUCAACGUGGUGUCGAUCGCGUCUAAAACGAUGCGUGAAAAUCGCUGCUCGUCGGUGGCAGGUGAAUGGUCACCGCUGAGCGAGGAUCAGCAGAGCAGCAACGGAAGCAGUGGCACUAGCACCACCGGGAUGGCCAGUCCUAAUGGGUUGGCAUCAUCCGGUGAUCCUGUUUCUCCUUCCCAGGCACCUUCGCGAUCACCCACGGGUGUUGUGUCACCAGCGCCACCCCAAAGACCAACGGUGCUGCAUAAAACGGACCCGGUGGGGCAACUUCCGACCCACGAGGGACGUGGUGAACGUGCGGGUGUAGAACAGCGCGUCCCACCAUUACCCAACUCGGAGCACUAUUUUACGCAACCGUUCUCACCAUCGAACGGUACAGGAUCUGUUCCCGUGUCCGUGCUCUCGCCUGCUUCGACGCACUAUGGCCAACGAAAUGUCCGCAGUCCUUUUGGUGGUGGAAGCGUUUCAUCCCCUCCGGCAGCGGUGUACACGCGGGCUGGAGGUUGCGAAGGUCCUGCAGGUGGUGGAGGCUCGUUCAGUCGAACAACGACGGUGCUAAAGCGCACGUACAGCAACAGCAGCAUAAGCAGUGUUAAUUCCGUGGAAAACUUCAGCGACAACGAUACGCUCGUCGGAGGCGCAGUGGAGAACAAACGAACUAGGAUGAACCUUGGGACCCCUGAUCUGACUACGUGCUUCAACGACCUUAUCAAUCCUGGAACAGAUCUUACCUCCUUCUUGCCGAGUUCCUUCGAUGCGUUGGAUCAAUCCCUGCUGACGAUGGAAACGACGACAACGAUCAUCCGCGAUCGCGUUAGCGGUUACUCGAAUCUUCACGACUCGCAGGAUCGAUUAGAAAGGAUAGUGGAAGAGCACCAGGAGCAGCGUGAGAUGCUACAGUCAAUUCAAGAAGAAUAUCAGAUGCAGUUGCAGUCCAACGGUGGGACUAGGGCGAUGGCCGAUCCUGACGCCAGUGGGGAGCUUGUUGCGACCACCACGACGGCGGACGUGGUAUUCUGUAAUUCGCUCAGUGCCGGUCCAACCACACGUCGGUGCACGAACACCACCACAGCGGCGUCGAUGGUGCCUUCUGUCAUAACGUCCAACGUUGUCCAGCGGCCGGCACCGAAUGCCAGCACUGGUUCCGAGCUAGAUCCGGGUAGUUAA